AUGGCAAUACGUCUUUUCUUGACAGUAAUUUUUGUAAGCGUCAUUAAUUUCCUUCCAACCGCUCUACCAAAAACCAAAAACCCCCCAAAUCCCCAGCAGUGCAUUUUUGUUGCAAUUACAGACGAAUAUUAUGGACUCUACGUCGAUGACUUCAAACUCCCUGAAUCGCCCCCAAAAAACUUCCGCGGAAUCUGCGACGCCACCACCUUGUCAAAAUGGAGACCUUGCCCCUUCGAAAACGUUUACCCCGUUUGCUACCCCAGUACCGAGAAAAUCCAGCGAAAAUUCUGUGACCGUAGCACCAUCCCCUCCCAGAAACCUUGCAACUGUAGCGGCUUUCUAAAAUCCCGUUUGCUGGAGCCUCUUCCAGAUUUCCCGACAUGCUUUCUCGGUGAACCUUGCGUCAAGUGCAUCCCUGCGUCCCGUCGCACUGCAAGAACCGCCCCCACCAUAAAUAACUGCAGUCGGUGCAUGACAAAACAUCCGAAUGGUGGAGUUGGUUCUUUGGAUUUGAGACGGGUUAAACGAGCCGAGAUAACGCCACCGAUUCGGGGCCGAUUCCAGACUAUAAAACGGAGAAAAUUAUUGGGCUGCUACCAUUCUCGAGUCGGAUCCUACCCGCUCGGUCGGAAAUAUCGGCGCUAUGCGCCAGAGGAGGGGAGAAGUAGACGGUUUCGUGUUCGGGAACCAACCAACAGCGAAAUGAGGCUGGAACGAAAUUCGAACAUGGCUUUAACUAGAAUUUUAAGAAGAAUUUCUAGAUCUCAAAUAAUUGAAAAGAGACAAGAUAAAAACGAUGACGAUGACGACGACGACGACGACGUUGACAGUGCUGGUGAAGACAUAGCUAUAGAAGAAAUAGAAGACACCACUGAACUGGUAAUCUCCACUAGCGACACUCCUGAACCAGACGAACGCAGAAUGCAGCAACACAACGAAACCCCGAACUACAAUCUGACUGAAAAUUUCAGCGAAAAUGAGCAACCUAAAGCGUCGAAUAUCAGUCAUAAUCGUGGUUUUAGCAACAUUAACAGUCGCUCAGUGAUAAUCAUUUGUAGUGUGUUUGUUAUAAAUUUGUGGUUACGAAAAAUCUAGAACCGCGUUUUGUCUAAUGAGAAAAACCACUU